CACUUCCUCCCUCCCUGCAACCUGCAGCACAAGGGCUGAUACCCAAAUUUGCCCGUCUCUCCCUGCUGUUUGCCCUGGCCUGAGGUGCUCUUGCCCCAGGAGCUUUCCUCCACCACGGAUCUAGAGAGAUGCAAGCCAUCAAGUGUGUCGUGGUGGGAGAUGGAGCUGUGGGGAAAACCUGUCUCCUUAUCAGCUAUACCACCAAUGCCUUCCCAGGAGAAUACAUCCCCACUGUGUUCGAUAACUAUUCUGCCAAUGUGAUGGUCGACAGCAAGCCUGUGAAUCUGGGGCUGUGGGACACUGCUGGACAAGAGGAUUAUGACAGGCUGAGGCCACUCUCUUACCCGCAGACGGUGGGUCACCCUCCACCCUCCUCCUCCAUCCUUCCUCCCUCAGAUAUGCCUCUGGCCGAUGUCUUCCUGAUCUGCUUCUCCCUCGUCAGCCCAGCAUCUUAUGAAAACGUCCGUGCUAAGUGGUUCCCUGAGGUGAGGCACCACUGCCCCAGCACCCCCAUCAUCCUCGUGGGCACAAAGCUGGACCUUCGUGAUGACAAGGACACCAUUGAGAAGCUGAAGGAGAAGAAGCUCUCCCCCAUUACAUACCCUCAGGGCCUUGCCCUGGCCAAGGAAAUUGACUCCGUGAAGUACCUGGAAUGCUCGGCGCUGACGCAGCGUGGCCUCAAGACAGUGUUUGAUGAGGCCAUCCGAGCAGUCCUCUGUCCCCAGCCAACCCGGACGAAGAAACGGGUGUGCAGCCUCCUCUGA